AUGAGCUCUCCAAUCCGCAAGCCGAGCUCCCUUGCCGCUUUCCUGGGACGGCUGCGAGGCCUCGAGCAGCCCCCCAGACCUGUGACAUCCAGUGCGUCCACGCCCCUUCCACAGCGAGAGGUACCCCUCUGCCCGCUGAUGGCACAUGGUGAGACGCAGAACUUGGCAGCCCUGCCCGGCCCUACUAAAUGGCCACUGCUGGGCAGUCUGCCGGAUAUUCUUUGGAAAGGGGGCCUGAAGAAACAGCACGACACUCUGGCAGAGUACCACAAGAAGUACGGCAAGAUCUUCCGGAUGAAGCUGGGCUCCUUCGACUCGGUGCACCUGGGCUCGCCGCGUCUGCUGGAAGCGCUGUAUCGCACCGAGAGCGCGUAUCCUCAGCGGCUGGAGAUCAAACCGUGGAAGGCCUAUCGCGACUAUCGCAAGGAGAGCUACGGGCUGCUGAUCUUGGAAGGAGAAGACUGGCAGAGGGUCCGCGGGGCUUUUCAAAAGAAGCUAAUGAAGCCAACGGAAGUUAUGAAGCUGGACAACAAAAUCAAUGAGGUCUUGGCUGAUUUCAUGGGCAGAAUAGAUGAGCUCUGUGAUGAAAGAGGCCAUAUCAAAGAUUUAUACAGCGAACUGAACAAGUGGUCAUUUGAAAGCAUCUGCCUCGUGUUAUAUGAGAAGAGAUUUGGGCUACUUCAGAAGCACACAGGGGAAGAGGCUUUGAACUUCAUCAUGGCCAUCAAAACAAUGAUGAGCACGUUUGGGAAGAUGAUGGUCACCCCAGUUGAAUUUCACAAGAGCCUCAACACCAAGGUCUGGCAGGACCACACAUUGGCCUGGGACACCAUUUUUAAAUCAGUCAAAUCUUCUGUCAACACCCGGUUAGAGAAACAUUCUCAGCAGCCUGGAGCAGAUUUCCUAUGUGACAUUUAUCACCACAAUCAGCUUUCCAAGAAAGAAUUGUAUGCUGCGGUCACAGAACUCCAGCUGGCUGCGGUAGAAACAACAGCAAACAGCUUACUGUGGAUUCUCUACAAUUUAUCCCGCAACCCCCAAGUGCAACAAAGGCUUCUUAAGGAAAUUCAAAGCAUAGUGCCUGAGAAUCGAAUGCCUGGUGCAGAAGACUUGAGGAAAAUGCCCUAUUUAAAGGCGUGUCUGAAAGAAUCGAUGAGGAUUACCCCUAGUGUACCAUUCACAACUAGGACUCUUGACAAGAUCACAGUUCUGGGUGAAUAUGCUUUACCCAAAGGAACAGUGUUGAUGCUAAAUACCCAGGUUUUGGGGUCCAAUGAAGACAAUUUUGAAGAUCCACAUCAGUUUAGACCUGAACGUUGGCUUCAAACAGAUAAAAAGAUCAACCCCUUUGCCCAUCUUCCAUUCGGCAUUGGAAAAAGAAUGUGCAUUGGACGCCGAUUGGCUGAGCUCCAGCUGCACUUGGCUCUUUGCUGGAUCAUCCGCAAAUAUGACAUUGUGGCCACAGACAAUGACCCUGUGGAGAUGCUGCACCUGGGCAUCCUGGUGCCCAGCAGGGAGCUCCCCAUCGCUUUCUGCCCACGGUAGGAUACUCAG